AUCUUUCCCGGCACGGCGCCCUCCUGCUCCUUCCCUCGCAAGCCACCCCCGCCGCCGCCGCCACCAAGGCGCGAAAUCCAAAAUUCGCGCGCGCCCGCCGCUAUAAAGGCGAGGAGGGGAUGCCUCCUCCUCCACACCCACUCGCCGAGCCAACUCCAAUCCCCAAACCACCAGAUCGAAUCGCGGUUGCCGCGGCGGAGGCGAGGAGGAAGACGAGGAUGCCGGCGGCGGCGGCGGCGAAGACGCUGGUGCCAGCCCGCGGCGGCGGCGACAUGGAGGAGCCGCUGCUGGCGGAGUCGUCGGAUCGCUUCUCGAUGUUCCCGAUCAGGUACCCGCAGAUCUGGGAGUUCUACAAGAAGGCGGUGGCGUCGUUCUGGACGGCGGAGGAGGUGGACCUCUCCGCCGACGCGCGCCACUGGGACGCCGCGCUGUCGCCCGACGAGCGCCACUUCGUCUCCCACGUGCUCGCCUUCUUCGCGGCCUCCGAUGGCAUCGUGCUCGAGAACCUCGCCUCCAGGUUCAUGUCCGACGUGCAGGUCGCCGAGGCUCGCGCCUUCUACGGCUUCCAGAUCGCCAUCGAGAACAUCCACUCGGAGAUGUACUCGCUUCUGCUCGAGACGUACAUCCGCGACGACGUCGAGAAGGACCGCCUCUUCCGCGCCAUCGACACCGUCCCCGCCGUGCGCCGCAAGGCCGACUGGGCCAUGCGAUGGAUCGACGGCGGCGAGCGCUUCGCCGAGCGGCUCGUCGCCUUCGCCUGCGUCGAGGGGAUCUUCUUCUCGGGUUCAUUCUGCGCCAUCUUCUGGCUCAAGAAGCGCGGACUCAUGCCGGGCCUCACCUUCUCCAACGAGCUCAUCUCCCGCGACGAGGGUCUCCACUGCGACUUCGCCUGCCUCCUCUACGACCUCCUCCGCGGCAAGCUCGACGAGUCACGCGUCCAGGAGAUCGUCGCCGACGCCGUGGACAUCGAGAGGGAGUUCGUCUGCGACGCGCUCCCCGUCGCGCUCGUCGGGAUGAACGGCGAGCUCAUGAGCCAGUACAUCGAGUUCGUCGCCGACCGGCUGCUCAUGGCGCUCGGGUGCAAGAAGAUGUACAACGUCGCCAACCCGUUCGACUGGAUGGAGCUCAUCUCCCUGCAGGGCAAGACCAACUUCUUCGAGAAGCGCGUCGGCGACUACCAGAAGGCGUCCGUAAUGUCCAGCCUCAACGGCGGCGCUUCUUGCAACCAUGUCUUCAGCAUCGACGAGGACUUCUGAUCACAUCGACUGCCAUAGUAGUAUUAAAGUAGAAAUACAUGUUCUCCCAAAGUGUUCGUAUGGUUUCUUGUUUUAUUUGUUCUGGUUUGACAUGUACUCCUGUAAUGAAUCAAGUAAAAAGUUUCUCAAUACAUCAACUGGUCAUUGCCUGUA